CCGCCUGGGCGGGCGGAGCUUGCGUAGGUUCCACAGGUGUUACGCCCAUUUAUGCUACUCGUAGCAAUUUGUGACCUCGUUUUUUACCCGUAAGGCAGAGGAGCGGUUGAUUGGCUAGACUGGGCUAGGCUAGCUAGCGUCAACCCGCCAAUUAAUCGCAUAAGAUCCACCAACUGGCCUACUGGGCGGGAACUGUCAGGUCUGUUUAGUUCUUGACCGGUUGGUACCGAAGCUAAGUACGGCCAUGGUUUAGGGUGUUUUAUUGAAAGGAAAGGAAGCAAGAAGAUUUUAUCCUUAAAUAUCACAACUGCAGAUAUUAGAGAUUGGAAUGAAUAAAUUUACGUAAUAUUUUAUUUUUGUAACCUGAACAUAAAUAUAUUUAUUUUAGUCGAAUUACGUCCAGUUGGUUUAAAUUGAACAUACAGUAAACGGGCGAAUUUUACUCUGUGCAGAGUCAGUAAAGUAUUAAGAAUAAGGACAAUGCCGAUGACGGCAGGUAGUGCACUUCCGGUUCGGGUACUAACUGUGACGGUGCCACACGUUUCCGUAACAGCGUUUCGUGCUCCUCGUCAGACUCGCUGUAGCUUUAAGAGACUCGUGUUGUUACAGGAAGUGUUCGGGGUGUUUCCAGCUGAUCGGACAACAGCAGAACAACUAGCCCGAUCUGACAGCGUCUGUCUCCGGUACAGCACCACUGGACACCGGUACCGAGCAUCGGCUGCCCGCACCGCCGCUCUUGGCGUCUUCUUCGCGGGAAAACCGCUCCCGCCCCGUGAACCGGAGCCGUCGGCAGCUGUUAGCCCGGACUGUCAUGAUCCCAGCGCGGAGAUGGCGGCGUCCUUCCCCGGUUUGUGUAAGGCUGUCGGGCCCGCGGAGGAGGAGAGCGGCGAGCAGGACGGCUCCCUGCUGCAGAUGCUGAAGGCCAUCGCCGACGAGAGGAACCGACUGAACGUCCGGCAGGAGAUCAGCGGACUGGGUUGUUUUAAGGACGACCGCAUCGUGUUUUGGACCUGGAUGUUCUCUACAUAUUUCAUGGAGAAGUGGGCUCCUCGACAGGACGACAUGCUGUUCUACGUCCGCAGGAAGCUCUCCUACGUCGGCGCAGACAACAGCGAGGGCAAAAAGGUGGAGGUGGAGGUCUACAGGAGGGACUCCAAGAAGCUGCCCGGCCUCGGAGACCCGGACAUCGACUGGGAGGAGAGCGUCUACCUGAACCUCAUCCUGCAGAAGCUGGACUACGUGGUGACGUGCGCCGUGUGCACGCGCUCGGACGCAGGAGACAUUCACAUCCACAAGAAGAAGUGUCAGGAGGUGUUCGCGUCUCCCAGCAAACACGCCAUGGACAGCAAAGGGGAGGAGUCCAAGAUGAGCUACCCCAACAUCUUCUUCAUGAUCGACAACUUCGAGGAGGUGUUCAGUGACAUGACGGUGGGUGAGGGGGAGAUGGUUUGUGUGGAGCUGGUAGCGAGCGAUAAGACCAACACCUUCCAGGGCGUCAUCUUCCAGGGCUCCAUCCGCUACGAGGCCCUCAAGAAGGUCUACGACAACCGGGUGAGCGUGGCAGCCAAGAUGGCCCAGCGCAUGUCCUUCGGCUUCUACAAGUACAACAACAUGGAGUUUGUGAGGAUGAAGGGUCCGCAGGGCAAAGGUCACGCUGAGAUGGCCGUCAGCCGGGUCCCGACCGGCGACACGUCCCCCUGCGGCACCGAGGAGGACCAGGUGUCCCCCGUGCACGAGAGGGUGACGUCCUUCAGCACGCCCCCCACCCCCGAGAAGAACCGCCCCUCCUUCUUCUCCCCGUCUCUCAGACGCAAGGUUCCGCGGAACCGAAUCGCUGAGAUGAAGAAGUCGCACUCGGCCAACGACAGCGAGGAGUUCUUUAGGGAGGAGGACGACGAAGAUCUUCACACCACCACCAACCUUCGCUCCCGCUCUCUGUCCGGAACCGGACGCUCGCUGGUCGGCUCCUGGCUCAAACUGAACCGAACCGAGGACUAUUUCCUGCUCUACUCGCACCUGACCUACGUGACGCUGCCGCUGCACCGCAUCACCACAGACAUCCUGGAGGUGCGGCAGAAGCCCAUCCUGAUGACAUAGCGAGCUGGACCCCCCACAGCACCACUACCAAGUGCCUCCUCCAUCAGGCCACAGACGAGCCAGCCCAACACCCGCUGGAGCUGGAGCCGCUGUCGGAGGGACGACCAACAACCAGCCAUUCUCAAAGUGCCUCCUUUCAGUUCCUGCGGUGUCAAAGGUCGUCUCUGUGGAAACGGGCCGCACUGGGGUCACGUGACCUCGGCCGAACUCUGACCAGGAAGUCAAGAAUGUUUUCCUGUAAAUAUCCUGCUGCUUUACUCACGGACGCCUUGACGGAAGGUUCUGCUUCUACUGACACUUGUGUCUGACUUGGUGGAGCUUUGCUUUUUACCACAUCUGAUGGUUAGAGGCAUCCGACUCAUCUGGAAUAAAUGUUUUUGUAUGGGUGGAAAUGUUUGUUUCUAUGAAGCAGUGUCACAAGAGGUCAGGGUCCGAUCCAUCCGAGCUCCAGUUAUCGUCCUGAAAGUUAAUCUUAACUUCACUGAUUUGUCAAACUGACGCUUUACUUACAUGUGAAGCUGAAAUGUUUCAGCUACAGCAUCACUUAUUUUACAGUUGAUGACUUAAGGCUAAAGUCUUUCAGUUAAAACAUCCACUUUGUUUUUGGACUUGAACAAAUACUUGAAUUAACAUGUUCCUUCUCCUUCACAUUCUGACAUUCUACUUCCUGUACUGACUGACACGACUGGGAUCAGGCCGCAGAUGGAUGUGGGCCGACCCGAGUCCUGCUGCGACGCUUCAGUCCACAUCCUCUGACGUUCGUUAACACUGCAACUCAAACUGGGAGUAACUUGAAAAAAAGUGAUUUUAAAAGGGAAACUGAAUUUUUAAAAAGGCCAAAGCUGUUUCUGAAACAUAAGUAACUGCAGGAAGAUGAGACGAACGCGACUCCUGAGGCCUUAACUCCGACUGGACUUCGCUUCAUUAAACAAACCUCCUCUGGGUUUGCUGCCCAGAAUCUGAAGAUAGUUACUGAAUUAAAUGUCUGUAAAAGAACAUGUUUGGAAUAGUGGUGUUACACUGUGAGGCUGCAUUCGUUUUAAUCACAGAGGCCGUUCGUUUAUUCCUCACUACUGAGUCUGAAACAAGUCAUUAUUUACGAUUCAAGGACACAUUCUUGCUAAAGUCAGAACCAACCAGACUCGGCUGUAACAGUGUUUUCAUUUUAGAUUCAAACGACUCCUUCACAUUCUGUUCUGUAGAAAGUCUAAUGCAUUUUGUACCAAAAGUCACAUUUGCCGUGAAGUUGUUUAAACUGCUCAUUAAUUACAGGAGUUAUAUUAAGAAAAGUUUAGUCUUUAGAACAGAAAACUGAACAACUGUCCUCAGCCAUAAAUGGAUUAAUAUAAAACUAGAAUUUGCAAAUUACUAAGCAUUAUGAAUAUCUCAGAUUAGAUUUAUUUAAUCUAAAUCAGAAUUUAUAAAAUGACCUGAAUUAAACAUCUUCCUAUUCUAGUUGUGAAAUGUUUGUUUCCAUUUAUUUCAUUUAAGUGAUGUUGAUAUUAAUUGAUUAGAUGAUUCAGAUCUGUUUUGUCUGUUUAGCGUUUAACUCGUGAUGUUUGAGGGGAACCACUAAAGGCUGUUACUGCUUUGAUUCGGAUCAAUUUGCACUCAGACGAAGCCAUCGAUCAAAUUCACUGCAGUGUUGUGUUGGUGUUGCACAGGGCACGACCGCUUCCCGUCUCCAGUGUUACUGACGUAGUUUAGUUUAAGCAGCUGAAUGUAUCAGCGGCCAGCGAUGGAGCAGGACAGUUUGCACUGUAAACCUUUUUUAAGGCGCUUUGUUGUUGAAUCACAACUUUAGAGCUUUCAUGGCUUUUGUACACAGUUAAUGUGCAUGUUGACUUCUGUUGCUUAUGUUCACGACUAUGUACAUUUUCCUGUAUUUAUUUAAUAAAUGACACUUCACCAGGAAACAUGGGUCUGUACUCGAUGCUGCAGAGUUUCCAGCUCCAUCAGGUCACAGCCAUCGAAACAAGAGACAGUUAGAGAAUGAAGAGCAGUAGUCGCCAUCCUUUGUUUCCUUUAUUCCCCAGUAAAUGUCUUUACAAAUGUUCUCAGACGAUGACAGCGCCUCAGUGAGAGGCUGAACCGAAGGCCACACAAAGGACACUUGAAAAACAGAGUCCGUGUUUACAGAAGAACUAAAAUAACUGGUCUGUGUCAGACGCUCUUCAGGGGAAACAUUCACACGAGGUUCAAUCAGCGAGUAGAAAACCUGCCAACACAAUAAAUAGUUUCCAGAGCAAGAACAACAAACACUCGACCCUUAACACGCUCGUCAAAUUACCUGUUACUGCGACUAUUUAAUUUGUAAAACCAAAUCGACUGGAUCUUUAUUUGGAACUUCCCUCCAAACAAACGUCAAACGGAUUCGUCUGAAGUCACAGUCACCCGACAACCGAAUUAAAACAGUAAAACCUAAACAGCCUGAUCACAGCAGCGCGAACCAGAGGGAAUGUAGCCGACAACCUGCUUCUGAUAUUACCCUUUGAUAUUUCACAGUAUGACGACCAAUUUAUCGUGAUGACACGUUGGGUAUAAGUGUGUGUGUGUGUGUAUAUAUAUAUAUAUAUAUAUAUAUAUAUAUAUAUAUAUAUAUAUA